CAGUAAGCGUUAGGCCUGGGUCGAUUUCAAACUACGUUCAACGAUUUUUCCGAAUUCGUUUACAGUUUUUCAAUUUUUUUAUUUUCAUAACUUCUACUUCCGGCUACUUCUACUUCCAAAACGUUGAUUUCCACAAGACCUACUUUUGUAACAAUAUAAUUUCCGUACCUUUGGUUUGAGCUUAGCACGACAUAAGAAGUUUCAUUCAAAUAAAAUAAAAAAUACCCGCACGACCCUUCUGGAGACACCUUAUUAGCCAUGAUUCCACGGUAGAGAGUGUACGAUCCUAAUGUGUGUGUAAAAUCGGAAAAAUUAGUUAGAACUUACUGUCUGUCGAACCAAUCAAAGAUUAAUACUAUAGUGUUUAUUUUUGUGACAAUUGAUAAAUAUGAUUGUGUCAAUUAACUAUAUUAGGUACAUAAUACGUGCUUAUUAUUAUAUUAUUUUAUUUAUCUUGCAAUUGAAACUUUUUUUUCCAACUAUAAUUUUUUAUUUGGAAAUUAGUCCAUGACAGUACGAUAUGAUUACUAAUAUAUUACUCAGCCACGUGACACACGGAUGCACUUCAAUGAAGGAUUUGCCGCCGUAUUGCUGAGUGGGAACGAUAUCCAUUUCGCUCAAUGCCGCAAUUACCAGCAGACAUUAUAAUAUAACAAUUUGCUUUACUAAUAGCUGUUAAAGGCACUUAAACUUUGACCGUCGAAAAACAAUUAUAGCAGAUCGUCCAAAAUGGGUUAUUUGCCAAGAAUCAACAAACAUACGCUUCCAAUAAAGUUGCAUUUUUUUCUUUACACGAGUAGUGUAGCUCCCAUAACAUGUUUUUCUGCUACCAUAGCGAAGGAGUUGGGAUAUUCUCCAUUGGCUGUCGGCUAUAUUUUUAUGUAUUUGUAUAUAUUAGGAAUGUUAAUUAAGCCCGCCGUAGGAUUUAUCGUUGACAAAUUUCCAAUUAAAAAAUUCAUAUUUAUGACAUCAAUUGUAUUAUGCGGAAUUUCCUCUUUCUCGUUGAUAUUUGUACCAAAAAUACCAUUGGAGACGGCAGCUAAUUUUACCUGCGCUUUAGAACAAACAACAAUAAACAUUUGUUUGGGAAAUGAUCAGCAGUUGUCCGAAUGUGACGAUAGUUUAUUUGCAGACUAUAAAAAAGAACCGAUUACGUGCAAGUUGGACUGCGAACAAAAUCAAUCGUUUCGAGACGAAAUAAGUAAAUCGUGGAACGUAACCGAUGAUGAUUCAAUCAAUAAACUUGGCGUUUCAUUGAUUAUAAACAUUACAGAAAGGGUAGAACAAUGUUUUGUUUUCCCAAUUACAUACUCGCAAAUCGGUCAAACGCGAGUAUUGUCGCCAGUUUGCUACCACCCUGUAGAAAAUCUUUGCAAAAUUGAUUGUUCCAACGACGAUCUGAUGGAAUUAGCUACUUCCAAGAAGUUCAAGGGGAAUGUAAUGAAAUUGCACACGUUUUGGCUGUACAUGACACUGAUGAGUAUCGCUUGGGGGUCAAUGGCGGUUAUUUGGUGCCACCAAGACACGAUUUGCCUAGAUAUUUUGGGAGACAAAUCCGAAAAUUUUGGAAAACUACGGUUCUGGACAUCUGUUGGCUAUGGUUCAUCAUCGGCAAUCGGAGGACUACUGGUCGAUCACUUCAGUCACAGCGGAACGCAUAAAAAUUAUACUCCUAUAUAUUAUUGGGGUCUGAUAUUAAUCAUUUUAAAUUUUAUCGUCGCGUUUAAACUAAAAGUAAUAGAAGCAAAGAACCCGAAAAAUGUAUUUAAAAAUGUUUUGCAAAUAUUUACUCGAUUCCACGUCAUUAGUUUUUUCCUAUGGACCGUUUGUUUGGGCAUGUGCACUUCGAUGCUUUGGAAUUAUCUCUGUUGGUACUUGGAUGACAUGGCUAUGGAGUAUCAACACGGACAAGAUUGGAUCAAAACGAUACAGGGCUUAACUUUUGGAAUUCAAUGUUUAGGCGGUGAAGUGCCGUUUUUCUUUUUCUCCGGUUGGAUAAUAAAACGGAUCGGCCACAGGCAUUGCAUGUCCCUAGUGUUGUUUGCUUUUGCCAUUCGUUUUUUUUUGUACUCGAUUCUAACCAAUCCCUUUUGGGUAUUGCCCAUCGAGUUCCUGAGUGGUAUCACGUAUGGAUUGGCUAUGGCGGUGUUGAUAUCGUACUCCAAAUGUAUUGCACCCCCCAACACUUUAAACUCGGUUGUAGGAAUAUCACAAGGAUUAAACGACGGCGUUGGUGUGUCGUUAGGAGCUUUGAUUGGUGGCGUGUUAUAUGAUACAUAUGGUGGAUCGUGGACGUUUCAGUUAUUUUCUCACGCAUGUCUUUCAUUAGGCAUUCUUCACGUCGUUUACACUUUGAUCGGAAAACCUAAAAUUUAAAAUAUAAUAUUAUAUCUAAUAAAAACAUAACGAUAUACAAAAAUAAUGUGG